UCAUUAAAGGGAGGACAGCCAACCGCUGGCGGUGGGAGAUCUCACAUCACCGAGCGCUCGGUUUGGCUUGCCAGGCUGGGCUUCUCCCGAGUCUAGUUCGCCGCGGAACGAACAUGUUGUGGAAACUGGCCGAUAACGUCAAGUAUGAAGAGGACUGCGAGGACCAACACGAUGGGAGCAGUAACGGCACCCCCCGAUUGCCGCAGCUCGGCGCAGUUACCCAGCACCUGUAUUCCUCAGCGCCUCCCCUGUCUCACACUCCCAGCUCUGACUUCCAGCCGCCCUACUUUCCCCCUCCGUAUCAGCCCCUAACCUACACCCAGUCCUCGGAGCCCUACUCUCACCUGAGCGACCCCUACUCCCUCAAUGUCUUGCACCAUCACCACCACCACCAGCAGCAGCAGCCGCCGUCGCAGGCGGGUUGGCCGGGCCGCCAGGGUCAGGAGUCGGCGCUUGCUCAUCACCAGCGGGUAGGGGCGGCCGCUCAACUCUCGGCGCUGGAGCCUAGGAGGGAGAUCCGUCGCGCAGACAUCCACAUCCCGGGCAAUCAUCAUAUGGACACUGCCCUGGCUGAAAACAUCAACAUGCACGAUGUCGUUCACACUAUGGAGGAUGUACCGCAUGCAGAGGACUCGAACAUACUCGUACAGGACCAAGGAGUGAUCAGAAAAGGACCGGUGACGAUAUCCAGAGGCAUGGCACUUUCGGCACUCUCCUAUCAGAAGGACGGUCUGCUCGGUGGCGUCACAAACCUCAACGAGGUGUUUUGCUCAGUCCCUGGCCGGCUCUCCCUCCUCAGCUCCACGUCGAAGUACAAGGUGACAGUGGCCGAGGUCCAGAGACGUCUCGCCCCGCCCGAGUGUCUUAACGCCUCCCUUCUUGGGGGUGUUCUGCGAAGAGCGAAGUCAAAAAAUGGAGGAAGGUCAUUACGGGAAAGGCUUGACAAGAUUGGUUUAAACCUUCCUGCUGGGAGACGGAAAGCAGCCAAUGUGACCCUACUGACUUCUCUUGUGGAAGGGGAAGCUGUACACCUAGCCCGUGACUUUGGUUACGUGUGUGAGACUGAGUUCCCCGCGAAAGCAGCGGCAGAGUACCUGACCCGACAGCAUAUAGACCGGAAUGAAAUCGCUAGCCGGAAAAGCAUGCUCCUUGCGGCCAAGCAAAUCUUUAAAGAGUUCAUGGACAUGUUGACCCAGGAUCGGUCACCCCUGGGAAAUGCCCGGCCUAGUCCAAUCCUGGAUCCUGAAAUCCAGGGCUGCCUGACUCACUUCAGCCUCAUCACACAUGGCUUUGGGAGCCCAGCCAUCUGCGCUGCCAUGUCCUCGCUGCAGAAUUACCUGAACGAAGCGGUGAAGGCCCUGGACAAAGUGUAUAUGGCCAACAGUGGCCAGAACUCCCAGGACAUCAACCCAAAUAAAACUGUGGACAAAGAUGAAAAGCACAGGAAAUGAGCUGCUGGCUCUGAAUCCGCGGACUUUAACCCUUCUCCCCCUUCUUUGUCUCUGGGACAACCUGAACUUCCUCAAACCAGCAACAGCAAUGGCACCCAAUAGCCAAAGGGCUGGACUAAACUCCUGCUAAUUGUAAUUUGCAGGGCUGCAGAUAUGCACUAUGCCUCCAUGAUCAACCAUUUUAUUCAGGCUCCAAGUAUCAAAUCCAUUUGGCACCUCCAACAUCAUGAGACUCAUGGGCAGGAAGUCACUGUGGCUGGGGUAACUGUCAAUGAAACAGUCUUGCUUCCAUUGCCAGAAGUUUAUUGAAGGCCUCGGCCCCAAGGUAUAUUCUACUUUAGCACCACUCCCAAAGCAGUGUUAGUUGCAUGGUACCCCCAAGCAAUGACUUCAAGCUUCUUCCCCUGCUGUGAUUCCAGCUUUGUUGUAUGUGUUGGUGAGCUGGAGCGGGGUGAAUCUGCAGGGGAAGAGGAGAAGAGGCUACUGCCCUAUGAUGAAGCCAUAAGUUUAAUUUUUAGGGCCCUUUUACUUGCACUGUACCUGGCAAAGCUGUCUCCCAGUAACUUUGACUUUUCCUAGAUAGUAAUAAGCAGAGAGAUCGCCAACAUCAGGGACAAUGAGAUAGAGCCCUCGAGGAAGAUGGGAAGACGCACCUAAAUGGCGUCACAUUGCUGAAAGAGGGCAUGUAGUCACUGGAUCUUGCAGCGUGGUUAGAAGAUGUCCUGACCAUCUGUGGGUCUAAAGCUGCCAUGAACAGUUUGCUGGAUGUUAGCAUCUUAGGCUGGCCACAAGUGUAUUUGCUAACACAGAGGGGCUCCCCAGCAUGUUUUACUUAAGCUAGAAGUUGUGUACAAAAACACCUGGAGGAAGGCAGAAUGAUGUUUUAUGCUCCUCAGUUACUACUAGUUGACUUUUGGUACCCUCAGCACUGCAGUCCAAGCCGAUUGAACUUGAUUUGAGCAGUUCGAUGCCCGCUCCAAUUACAGACAGAAUCUGCAGCCCGUUCAGGUCAGGAAGGAGGGUUUUCUAGUCUUCAGUGCUUUCUUGGAACUCUUCUCAUUGCACCCCACUGGGUUUAAGCAAUCUCUUUGGACAGUUUACUUGCUGGGCUAUAAUCAGGGACUCGCAACUUAACUGUGCUCAAAGCACAUUUCCAACGCCCAUCAUUUGGGUGCUGUAUAAAAAUGAACAGUUACAAAGCCAUUCUCAGUCGGACCCCUUUUGGAACAGACCAAAUCCAUUCCUUAUAACAAAAUUUAAUGAUCUGUUUUGAAAGCUCUGCGAAGGCCAGGGUAGGAAGUGUACAUGUAUUGGCAGGGUAGCUCAAUGUGCAGCGCUGCCAGUGGCUCUGUUAAUAACAGUUUAAGCUCCAUUGCUCACAUCGUAAGAUAGGUUCUACUUUUUUAAUUAGCUCUUGUUCCACAAGUGGAGCAGGCUUGGAAUUAUUUUAAAACAAAGUCAGCAUGUUUGAGCAAGAAAAUACAGAUGAAACUAUUGAGAAGUACUUGAGAGGGGUGUUAACUGGUCAGGACAGUCUGGUUAAUAUAUCUAGCUGAGGAAUACAAUACAAUCAUGUAUAUUUUCCUGCAGUUUUAUAAUGUGAGUAACUGAUUUUUUGUAGUAAUUUCUGAGUCUGCCACUAAAUCUUAAAUCUCGGCUAUUAAACCUGAUCUCGCAGAGCAGAGAGAACGGCUACACAGCUCAGUGCUGCUGCUAACAGUCUGGAGGGAGAUGGCAGCCAAAUGUCCUCCUGCUUGCUGCUUGUGUGAAAAGGAGAUGUUGAACUGGGACUGGAUUGAAGCUUUGUCUAAGAUUCCUGUUUUGAUGGAGCUGACUUUGAAGGGAUUAACACCUCUGAGCCAAAGACCAAACAUCUGAAAGCAUCUCAGGAAGAGCCUCUCUCCAGUUUGGUUUUGAUUCUGGCUAACAAUGAACUUUCAGGCUUAUAAUGACCAUUGCAACAGUGAUGCCCAUAGUCCAGGCUUGCGGUGCUCAAAAGCAAGUCAGAUGCACGUGUCUCUGCUCUGAUCAGAGGUGACUGACCUGUGGCAAUUCUGACUAGUCUACAGGUUGAAGUCCCCUCAACUCUGCUACUGACCUUGCCGAAUGAUCUUGCAUGCCCUCUGGAUUGUUGGCUAAACAUUUGUUGUCUGGAGGCCAAACUCUGCCCAGUUACAAACCUACUUGAAAAUUAGGUAUCAACACAAUCAUAUUUUAAGAGAGUCUUUAAUCAGUCUUUGGGAGAGUUUCCUUUACAGGGUAAAUAGGGUAAAAAGGGAACAGUGUUUUAAAUGUACAUAUUUAUUUAUAUGUAAUUUAAUGGGUAAUGUAAAUAUGGUGCAACUUUGAAACCUUUUUUAAGAAAAGCUCGUUUACCUCCUGUAAAUAGGGUUUAGUCUUCCCAUUUUCCUGUUAUUAUGGAGAAGUGUUUCCCUGGUAAUGGGUAAGCUAGGAUAUAACUCCUUUCCUGUUCCUGCACAGUUACAAGAAGAAACACAAAACAGGGUAUUAAUGUCUGCUUGAAUGUUCUUCCUCAAAACUCACCUGACUCUUCUGGCGGUUGGGAGGGGUGGGGGGUUGUGGAGAAAGCAAUAAUUAUUCUUGGUGUGAGUUGUAAGGUACUUUCUGUAAAUCCAGUGGGUCAGUUUUCUUAAAACCUUUGUCAGUGAAUUUUAAACGGAUGGAUGUCUAGAUGAAGCUUCUGAAGUGUGGAUUUUGUGUCUCAG